UUAGAAGAGAAGGAGCGUUCAGAAAACGAGCAAUGGCCAGCAACCGCUCCCUCGACAGAGUCGCCGAAGAACUCAAAUCGCUUUCACUCCAUAGCCGCGGCGUCGGCCGCGGUGGUGGAGGAGAGAUUCUAACGGUGGAGAAGGAGGAUGAGGCGGCCCGAUUUGCUGACGUGAGGAAGAAGGAAUUCAAGCGGUUGGAGAGAGUGAGGGGACGGCUGAUCAACAUCCUCGAUGGCCUUGAACUCCACACAGGCGUCUUCUCCGCCGCCGAGCAGCGGAAGAUCGUCGAUUGCAUCUAUGAUUACCAGGAAAAGGGGCGCAAGGGCCGGCUUAGAGAGCGCACUUAUUCAGAGCCUAGAAAGUGGAUGCGAGGUAAAGGGCGUGUCACUAUACAGUUUGGUUGUUGUUACAAUUAUGCAGUGGAUAGUAAUGGGAAUCCCCCUGGUAUAGUCCGCGAUGAAGAAGUCGAUCCUAUCCCACCUUUAUUGAAACAAAUGAUCAAAAGGAUGGUCGCUUGGCAUGUUCUCCCUCCUACAUGCAUUCCCAAUAGUUGCAUCGUCAAUAUUUAUGAUAAAGAUGAUUGCAUUCCCCCGCACAUUGAUCAUCAUGAUUUUGUUCGGCCAUUUUGCACCGUGUCAUUCUUAAGCGAAUGCAACAUCGUGUUUGGGACUGAGUUGAAGAUAAUUGGACCUGGAGAUUUCUCAGGCCCUGUGACAAUUCCUUUGCCUUUGGGGUCUGUUCUUAUUUUGAAUGGAAAUGGUGCUGAUGUUGCUAAGCAUUCUGUUCCUGCUGUACCCACAAGAAGGAUAUCCAUAACAUUCAGGAAGAUGGAUGACUCCAAAAUCCCGUAUAAGUUUGUUCCUGAUCCCGACCUGCAAAAUCUUCGCCCCUUGCCAAGGCAACAACAGCCCAGCUCUCUUCCCCUGCAGGAAGAUCAACUAUCCCAAAAUGCACAGCCCUCACAAAAGGUUCAGCAAGCGCAAAAGGUUCAGCAAGCACCCAAGGUUCUACGAACUCCUGCUCAAUGGAGACCUGUGCAGCUAACUGAAGAUGAUUUUCCACCGCUGAGCUCCAGCUCAAGAGGGUAAAGCCUUCGCAAGUGAUACUUUACCUGCUAUGGCGGGGUUCAACGAAUACUGGGUUUGUUUAAAAAGAUGUUUUUAGUUUAUGUGAGUUUUUCUUUUUCUUGUUUUGAUUUUUCACUCUAUUUCAUAGAUCAAAGAUAGUAAGAUGUAUUGAAGAAGUUAA